CUGCGCAUACGCGGCUCAGGGAGCGUGCAGAGCCGCGAUCGCCGUGUGCUGUGUCCCUCGGACACAGCGAAUCACGGAAAGAGCCGAAGAUGUCGGCUCGGUCAUGUGAUCAGCUGUGUCCAAUCACAGCUGAUCACAUGGGACAUGUACACUGAUCAUCAGGGCACUGAUGAUCAGUGUGCCCUGAUGAUCAGUGUGGCCCCAGAAGUGCCACCUGUCAGUGCUCAUCAGUGCCACAUGCCCAUCAGUGCCCAUCAGUGCCAUGUGCCAGUGCCCAUCAGUGCCACAUCAAUGCCACAUAUCAGUGCAUACCAGUACACAUCAAUGCCACAUAUCAGUGCCCAUCUGAGCUGCCUUUCGAUGUCACCCAUCAAUGCCAGUCAGUGCCACCUUUCAGUGCUGCCAAUUAGUGCCACCUAUCAG